GGGGCUGCUGCUGCUGACGCUGCUGUGUUCUGUGUGCAGGUGCGCCCGGCCCUGUCCAGCUCGCAGGCCCAUCCAGGGUUCAAGGUCUUGCUCACGGCCUCCCACUACUGGCCCCUGGAGCAUGUGGACGGCAUCCGUGAGCUGCAGGAAACGGCCGGAGACCUCGUGGAGGGCAAGGUGGGCAAGGGCAUCUACCUGCGGGAGCAGAAGGGCGUCACGCUGCUGCUCUACGGGCGCUACAAGGCCUCCUGCAUCAGUAACCCCGCCCAGUGCGGCCCCGAAGAGUUCUCCGUGGCCAAGCUCCUGCCCAGGGCCCUGAACUCCUCCCACUACCGCUUCCCGGCCCAGGGCCACAACUACAUCGAGAUCCCCCAGGAGGCCUUCCGCAGCCACGGUGGGAUCGCCGAGGCGGCGGCUUACAGGAGCUGCCCGCUGUCGGCUGCCAGCUACCUCAUCUCCCUGGAGGUGGUGCCGCCGCCCACACUCUCCCAGAACCUGUCGGGCUCCCCGCUGACCACCGUCCGGCUCAGGCACAAGUUGACGAGCAGGCAGUACCGCGAGGCCACCAAUGAGACGAACCGCGUGUUCCUGUACUGCGCCUUCCUGGACUACAGGUGCUGCCUGGAGGGAGGCCUGGGGUGCAGAGGGACCUGGUGGAGGUGGGAGACACCGGCUUUCACUGAGCCGUGGGGACUGCCCAAGCCGGGUCAUUUCCAAGGGCAGCCGGGAGCCAUGGAGGGUCCAAGAGUGAUAGCAGCUGGGCCUCACCCCUGCCCCCCGCCCCCCGCCCUCAGCUCGGUCAGCACCAUCCGGAACCAGCGCUACCACAUCCACGCCAACCUGUCCUCCGCCAUCCUGGUGGCCCAGGUGCUGCUGCUGGUCAGCUUCCACUGCCGUCCGGGCACGGUCCCGUGCCAGGUGCUGGCCGUGCUCCUGCACUACUUCUUCCUGAGCGCCUUCGCCUGGAUGCUGGUGGAGGGGCUGCACCUCUACAGCCUGGUCGUCAGGGUCUUCGGCUCCGAGGACAGCAAGCUCCGCUACUACUACGGCGUCGGGUGGGGGUCCCCGCUCCUGAUCUGCGUCGUCUCCAUCUCCUGUGCCCUGGACAGUUACGGGACCACCAACAACUGCUGGCUGUCCCUCCACAGCGGCGCCAUCUGGGCCUUCGUGGCCCCUGCCCUGCUGGUCAUCGUGGUAGGUGCCUGUCCUGCCCGCCACCCCAGGCCUCACCCUCUCUCCGCCAGGUUGACGGCGAAGGCGGUGGCUGUGCUGCUGCCCAUCCUGGGCACCUCCUGGGUCUUCGGGGUGCUGGCCGUCAACAGCCAGGCGGUGGCCUUCCAGUACGCGUUCGCCAUCCUCAACUCCCUGCAGGGCUUCUUCAUCUUCCUCUUCCACUGCCUCCUGAACUCCGAGGUGAGAGCCGCCUUCAAGCAUAAAACCAAGGUCUGGUCCCUCACGAGCAGCUCCAGCCGCAACGCCAACCCGAAGCCCUUCAGCUCCGACGUGAUGAACGGGACCCGGCCGGGCACAGCCUCCUCCAAGCUCAGCCCCUGGGACAAGAGCAGCCAGUCUGCCCACGGCGUGGACCUGUCCCCCGUGUGAGCCGAGACCACGCACCACCCGGGCUGGCCUGCUGCUCGGAGCAUUGCCCCCCAACAGCACGCGAGACACACUCUGCCUUUGCCCGGGGGACCCUCUCCAUCGCCGUCUGGUCACGGGGUCCCUGUGACCGCCAUCCCCGUGGGACAGAGGCCACCACUCCGCCCGCUGCCUGUUCACAGCCAGGGCGGACCCCCUGGCUCCGUCCCCCAGCAGCCGAGCGACGGCCCUCGGGGCUCCCCAGAACUCGGCGGCCUGCUGUCCUGCUCCAUGAGCCUCCCCCAUCGGACCUGUGACUGAGCUCAAGGCCCAGCGGCCCAGCACCAGGAGGGGGACUCGGACCACAGGGCUGGGUCCUGCUGGGGGUUCAGGUCCCCGCGCAGCCCCAGAGGGUCGGGCGAGGCAGGUGGGGGUGCGUGGGAG